AUUAUAAUGUCGGGGGGAGUUGGUAAUUACUGGUAUUGCCUUCUCAAACAACACAUAUUGUUUCCAAGGACACAUUGUGGUUAAGUCACAAUAGAGAUACUUCAAAAAUUACUUUUUAUUAGAGAGGUUUAUUUUAAAUCCAUCCAUCCAUUUUCUUCCGCUUAUUUGUGGUCGAGUCGUGGUGGCAGCAGGGGAAGCAGGGUGUUGCGGAUGUGCUUUUCCCCUAGCAACAUUUUUCGCAACACGUUCCCAAGCCAGUUCCCAGAUAUCUAAUUCCUCCAUCGAGCUCUGGAGGAAUCUCAUAAACAACCAAAGCAUAAACUUGGGAGAAGGAAAACAAAAAGCCAAACUAUAAUUGCUGUAUGUGCCAUCUGAUGUUUUAUAUACAUUCUUCACAGUUUUGUUUCAUUUUUCGUUAUUAUUGUGAUGGUACUUAUUCUGUAUAUUCAUGUCUUUCUCCGCAGGCCGCUACCAGAGGAUGGAGACGUUGAGUCCUCGUGUGGCCUCACUGACAACAGAACCAGUAAGUAGAAUAAAUACUCAGCAUUAUUUUUUUUCUUUACUUUAUACUGUAUUGAAACUUUUCUGGCCUCCUUGUCCAGAUCCUCCCACCACUCUGAAUGUGGGUGAGUCCAUGACCCAACGUAAGCGUCGUACUCUGGUUGCCCCUGACAUGAACCUCUCCCUGGAUCAGAGCGAGGGCUCAGUGCUCUCUGAUGACUUCCUGGAAACGCCAGACGACCUGGACAUCAACGUAGAUGACAUUGAGACUCCCGAUGAGACAGACUCGCUGGAGUUUAUCAACAGUGGCAACGAUCUGGAGUGGGAAGAUGACACUCCUGUGGCCACCGCCAAGCGUCUGCCAGGUGAGAGCGAAGAGGAGAGAGACUCAUCUGGUCGUCUGUGGCGAACAGUGAUCAUCGGUGACCAGGAGCAGCGGAUUGACAUGCAGGUCAUCAGACCCUACCUGAGGGUGGUCACACACGGAGGUUAUUACGGUGAGGGUCUGAAUGCCAUCAUCGUGUUUGCAGCCUGUUACCUCCCUGACAGCAGCUGUGAGGACUACACAUACAUCAUGGAGAAUCUCUUCCUUUAUGUUGUGAGCAGCCUGGAGCUGCUGGUGGCAGAAGAUUACAUGAUUGUGUACAUGAACGGAGCAACUCCUCGCAGGAAGAUGCCCGGCAUCAGCUGGCUGAAGAGAUGCUACCAGAUGAUUGACAGGAAGCUGAGGAAGAAUCUCAAGUGUCUCAUCAUCGCUCACCCAACAUGGUUCAUCCGGACCGUCCUGGCCAUCUCAAGACCUUUCAUCAGCGUGAAGUUCAUGGAUAAGAUCCGGUACGUUCACACCCUGGAGGAGCUCAGCCAGAUCAUCCCAAUGGAGCACGUGCAGAUCCCCGAGUGUGUGUUGCAGUAUGAUGACGAGAAGAUAAGAGCACAAAGGGAAAGACUUGAGCAAGAGCAGCAGCAGACCAGCUCAGCACUGCCUAAAGAAAGGCCCAAGUCAAUGAUAGCCGAAGUUGGCCGUGACAUCUGACAUUAAGAGCUUUAAAGUGAAGAAGCAAUGGGGAAGCUUCAUUCAGCAAAACGGGACCCAGCAUGGACCACUGUCCCAGGAUUAAAUCUCCGAACUGGAUCCAUUUCUGGAUCUCAAAACAUUAUCUUCAGAUAUAUGUUGGGCUCUAACUUAAAGUUAAUUUGCACAAAAAGCAUUAUGAGACAUGACUAAAUCAAAAAGUAUCUGCUUCCUGCAUGUCAAGUUAACUUUAAUCCACAGCAUGACUUCAGCUAUAUAAAUGAAAAGUUAUUGACAUGGAUGAAGAGUCAGUUUGAGACAACCGUCCGGUUCAAAAUGUACAAACUUGUAUAUAUAUUUUUGAGAAAGGCGUUUGCACAGAUAUUUUGUUGUUGAUAUGAAGGGCAUGGGUAUUGUUUGUUUCAUGGCCGUUUAUUGAAAAAAAGAGUGCAAUGAUAUUGUUAUUCUUAGCCCUACAGUAGACGUUACCAAUGCAAAUGUGUGUUAUCGUUUUCCAGACUUUGAUAUGCAGGUGGCAUGCUUGUUCACAUCCUUCUGUCUCUGUUGCAUUUGUUUUUGUCAGUUUGCCAUCAUGUUUUUAAAAGAAAAGGUACUUUUACAAGAUGAAAAUCAUCAGAGCUAUAUUUAAAGAGAGUCAAAUGAAUUGCUAAAAGUGUUAUUUAUGAAAAUGUGCCAUUUACUGUUUGUAAAAAAAAAUUAAAAAGAAUAAAUGAGCGAACUAAAACAAGUUUGUUC